AUGUCCUUUGCCAGAGAUUAUAUUCUGCCACCUCCACCCUCCAUGAUCCAUGACGACGCGUCGUCGACGAGUAGCCGAGGCUCCUCGACACGUUACGAUAAUAAUCCGAGACGAAUGGGUGAGGUCGAGAGGAAGCGCCCCAAAUACACUCGAAGCAAGACAGGAUGUCUGACAUGCAGGGUGAAAAAAGUGAAGUGCGAUGAGGUGCAUCCUGUCUGUACGCGUUGCGACAAUGGAAACCGAGACUGCACAUGGCCUGAGAAUGUUCCUACCCGCAAAAAGACGAUUGCCUCGAGAAAAGAUUCACUUGACCGCUGCUCCAAUCCCGACUCCUCAGGACUGUCAGACAUGUCCACGCCUCCCACACGACAUCAUUCGCCUGCCCCAACCAAAUUACAAACGUCCGACUCUGGUGCUUUCUCGCAACCCCACUAUACACGGCCACCGCACAGUGACUCGCAUGUUCAUCGACAAGACGUUAAACUCGAACCCAUCCCCUCUCGGGUGCCACCAUCAUUCAGUGAAGACCGGGUCCAUCUACUUGGGAGUUCCAGUUCGAGCUGCCAUCUUUCAUCUGUCGGACACCACGAGCCCCAGUACCAGUCCCGAUACAGCCUGACGCCAGUGCCCAAUUCUAUGCAGGACUCGAGGGUGCCCAAUCUGCCUUAUCGUUCGUCGUACUAUGGGCACGACGAGGAUGCCUGGCAUACACCCUCGCAUUAUCAGGGUGCAAGCCAGUACAGCCAUCACCUUGUACCAGACAGGUCCUUCAUGGGUCACUCCUCGAAUCAACUGCAGUCUCAUUACAGAUAUUGA